GCUGUCUGUUCUACGUCGCAGUUCGUUGCAGGCGUGUCUACUUGGAGCAUAUUAAAGUUGCGUGGUGAAUCGGGGAAGUACUUCUGAGGACAUACAGCGGCUCGACCUAAAUGGCGGAUACGAAGCGUGAGGAAGGCAGCUUUGCAAGUGACAUGCUGGCGCUGAUGGAGUCCGGGGAAGGCGCUGACGUGACGCUGGUGGUCGGUGACUCGGAGUUGGCGGCCCACAGUGUGAUUCUGGCAGCGAGGAGCCCAGUCUUUGCCGCCAUGUUGCGGAGUGACAUGCGCGAAGCCCUCAGCCGGCGCGUGGAGAUAACCGACGUGCAGGAAGCUGUAGUGCGCCAGAUGGUGCUGUUCAUGUACACGGAGACAGUGCCACAGCUGGGGAGCAUGGCGGCCGAGCUGUUGGAGGCCGCCGAGAAGUACAACCUGCCGCUGCUGAAGAAGAGGUGCGAGGAGCAGCUGGCGCGGGACAUCACCGUGGACAACGCCGCCGCCACCGCCGGCCUCGCCGUUCUGCACCGCUGUCCGGGACUGAAGACCGCCGCCGUGGAGUUUGUGGCCAGCCACCCUGCGGUCAUGGCCACCACUGGCUGGACGCAGCUGCUGAGGGGGAACGCAGACGCCGCAGCGGAGAUCUGCAGGCAGUUGGCGGGGCUUCUGCCGCCGGCACCACAGCCGGCGGUGCUGGAAAACAGGAUCUUAUCCACAGAUGAGAAGCAGAAGCUGGGACUGCGUCUGGCAGAGGCAGCAAAACGUGGAAAUGUGUUGGAGGUACGGCAGCUGCUGGCCAUGGGUGCACCACUUGAUGGGAGGACCACUCUCGGGAAUACUGCACUGCACUGUGCAGUACUAAACAAGCAAGUGGAAGUUGUCAAGUGCCUUCUCGAUGCUGGAGCUGACGUCAGAGCCACCGACUCGUGUCUGCAGACACCUCUGCACACCGCCGCAUCGAUAUUUGACCAGAAGGUUAUGUGUAUACUCAUAGCGGCAUCAGCACCUCUAGACGCUAAGGAUCGUUGGGGCAAGACACCGCUCCACUGGGCUGCAGAAUCGAAUGUACAAGCUGUGAAGACACUGCUGAUGGCUGGUGCUAGCACGGACAUAAAGAAUUACAAUGGGAAGAUACCUGCAAAGGUAGCAACCGCAGAAACAAAACCAAUGUUUAAGUAAUAGCAAAUCUCAUAUAUUGAUCAACUUUCAUUCCUUUAGUUGU